UCUAGAUUCCCCACACCCGAGCUCCCGCGCCAUCGCGCCACGUGGUCUCGUCAAGGUCAACGAGAGACGGGAGAGAGCAUGGGAGAAGGCAGGGAGCAGGAGGCGGCGGGGUACUCCUCCCCCACCGGAGACCUCCCGCCGUCGGCGCCGCCGCACCUGCAGGGCCAGGACCCGCGCCAGUACCAGUACGGCACCUUCCAGCCGCCCCCGCACCAUGCCGCCUCGGGCGACUUCGGCCGCCCGCCCGUCGGGUUCCCCCAGCCCGCGCCGCCUCCCGGCUUCGGCGGCGGCGGCGGCGGCGACGGCCACCACCACCACCACCAGCAGCAGCCUUACGCACCGGCAGAACCCUACUACGCGCAGGGGUACCAGACCGUGCCAGGUUAUGGUCCUAUUGCUGAGGGCAGACCAGUGAGAAUGCGUCGUCUUCCUUGUUGUGGCCUUGGGUUAGGCUGGCUUCUGUUUAUUGCUGGAUUUUUCCUUGCUGCCAUUCCAUGGUAUGUUGGGGCUUUUAUACUAAUCUGUGUCCGAGUACACGAUUACAGAGAGAAACCAGGAUUUGUUGCCUGCACUGUUGCUGCUGUAAUUGCCGCAAUUGUUAUCCCCUUGGGGCUAACCAAAGGAGCACACGUGUGGUGAGCUGUCUCCGAGUUUCUACUUUCUAGCGGCCACUGAAUGUAAAUGCGUGUUACUGUUCUAAACCCUGCACUGGGUUGUAUCCCUUGUAUAUUUAUUUGUAUGGAUAGUAAUAUAGUGGAGCAGCUUAGUUCAUUGUCAUCUUAUAUCGAACCAUCGGUGUUCUACUUUGUACUAAAUAAAAGUCCAAGCGUAUAAUACAAUUCAUAAGAAGAAAUAUACUUGUUAUAUGGAUCUUACAAUGUUGAAA